CUCGAGCUUUUUCUUCCCUUGAUUUCUUUGGUCUCUGUCCGUACGACGUCGAAUAUCUAGAUUGUUCGACGGCGAUGGGAGCUGGGAGAGAAGUCAGCGUAUCGCUAGAUGGAGUCAGAGACAAAAACUUGAUGCAGCUUAAGAUACUCAACACGGUUUUGUUCCCGGUUCGUUACAACGACAAGUACUACGCCGAUGCAAUCGCUGCCGGCGAAUUCACCAAGCUUGCAUAUUACAAUGACAUAUGUGUUGGAGCUAUCGCCUGUCGGCUGGAGAAGAAAGAAAGUGGGGCCAUGCGAGUUUAUAUAAUGACGCUUGGUGUUCUUGCACCCUACCGUGGGAUUGGCAUUGGCUCAAAUCUAUUGAAUCAUGUUCUUGACAUGUGCUCCAAGCAAAACAUGUGUGAGAUAUACUUGCAUGUGCAGACAAACAACGAAGACGCAAUCAAGUUCUACAAGAAGUUCGGCUUUGAGAUCACAGAUACCAUACAAAACUAUUACAUCAACAUUGAGCCAAGAGAUUGCUACGUUGUCAGCAAGUCCUUUGCUCAAUCUGAAGCCAACAAAUGAUGAAAAAUACCAAACUUGGGGAAGCCAUUCCUCCCCAGUUUCUUUGUUGCAUUCAGUUCAAGAUCUAUUAAUGUUAUGAUGAUCCUUCGGUUUCCGAGUUUUGCUUGUUUUGUUGACCUUAAUUUUUCUUACUGAUUCUAAAUUUAUAAAUUCCUGGUUAUAUACUUGCAUGAUUUCUCUAAUGUCCUCUUGGCUUUGGACAUUUUCGUUUGGAAAAGUUUUUAACUUUGCAACUCAAAGCUUUACUACCAAGUAUCAUCGUGUUUGUAAAUGUUGGUCUAUGAAUUUGAGUAAAGAGAGACAAUGAUUCUUGUUAUGAGCUGUAGAAUAAAGUAAAGAAAAAAAUGAAGAAUUUAUGACUUGCGUUUUGGCUUGCGUGCCAUUUAUUCACAGUGAAGACUGGAAGAUGUGUUCUUCUUGAAUCAAAAAACGGCACGUCUUAU